ACCUUUAUACCUCGUAACUAAAUAGUUCUACACAAGUUUCUUCUUAAUGAAGUUAGUUUGAUGUCUUCUUGUUUUUUUAACUCGACAGUAAUAAGAUGGGCAGCGGACCCCGGUGUAGCUGGUAAGACUACCUCCUCUUCUGUUGGCUGUUUUCAUCGAGAGCCUCCUCAGAGACAGCCUCAGGGGCCCCGGCUGCCGAAGUUUGAAGAGCCCCAAACAAAGUGACCCGAGCCAACUCGAAAGGCCGGUUUCUCGCGCCAGUCCAAAGAAAUUACUACAGAGAGCAACAUGGACCUGGACAACAGUAAACGGCUGGUGGUGGUGGUGCCCAAUGAAAUGUCGGUGGCCCCCCGCAGAGUGUUCAGCAACGAGGAUGAGGCAUGGAAGAACUACCUGGAGAACCCGCUGAUCGCUGCCACCAAGGCCAUGAUGAGCAUCAAUGGAGAUGAGGACAGUGUGGCAGCUCUGGGGCUGCUGUAUGAUUACUACAAGGUUCCUAGAGAGAGAAAGCGCUCGUUCGGAGGUGUCCCACCCCUGGAUCCCUCCGAAGCCUACGGCGGCCCAGACGUCCUGGAUCACCACAGUCAGGCCCUGAGGUCCAUGCCGGUGAACCUCUCUCUGAACGGCUCCACGGCAGAACACCACGGCUCCAAGCGUGCCGCUGCCGCCGUUGCCUCCGAUACCAGAGGAGGAGACAGUAAAGGCGGUGGCUGUGCGCCUCUCGCCCUGGUGAAAACGGAGAGCCAGGCGUCCACCCCGGUUUUAAGUUCCCACCUGGAGGAACCCAGAGAGCAGCAGAAGAUGCUUUAUGAGCAGAGCUGCUACGACUUGUCGCUCUCUGGGUACCAAAAGGAGGAGCAGAGCAGCCCUCCGGACAGCACGCAUGAGGAACGCAUGGUGGAAGAGAUUUAUCACAGAAAUCGAUCUUCACGAGUCGACGUGUCCUUCCAUCAACUACCAAUUGACUGCUUCUCCUACAGCCUGGAGGCCAACAUGUCGCUGCGGCCGCGCCAAGGAGAGGGCCCCAUGGCCUACCUGAACCGGGGCCAGUUCUACGCCUUGUCUCUGUCCGACAGCGGCUACAGGUCGGCCCACUGUCUGUCCGGGGGCCGAGCGUCCGGCGGCGAGCGGCACGCCUCCCAGGGAAGCUCCGACCUGCAGCGGGACACCGUGGUGCAGAGUGUGAUCAUGGUGGUGUUUGGGGAAGACAAGUCCAGAGACGACCAGCUAAAGAACUGGAAGUACUGGCAUUCCAGACAACAUACUGCAAAACAAAGGGUACUGGAUAUUGCUGACUACAAGGAGAGCUUCAGCACCAUCGGGAACGUGGAGGAAAUCGCCUACAACGCCGUGUCUUUCACCUGGGACGUGAGCGAAGAAGCCAAGGUCUAUAUCUCUGUCAACUGUCUGAGCACAGACUUCUCGUCUCAGAAGGGAGUGAAGGGCAUGCCUCUGAUAAUCCAGAUCGACACCUACAGCUACAACAGCUGCAGCAGCCGGCCCGUCCACAGGGCCUUCGCUCAGAUCAAGGUCUUCUGUGACAAGGGAGCUGAGAGGAAGCUACGCGAUGAGGAGAAGAAGCAACUAAGGAGGAGGAUAAAAGGAAAGAACAGCAGCUUGGGGUCGAGCUCCCCCAUGAGGAAGGCUGAAAGUACGCUGUUCAAAAGCAUACUGGACCUGGAUUCCCAGCCGGUCCUGUUCAUCCCUGAUGUCCACUUCGGGAACCUGCAGAGAGCGGGGCAGGUGUUUGCCGUCAGCACCGACGAGGUUCUUGUGGAGAGAGGGCUUCCUAAGAAGACGAUGCCAAGUCAGGAAGAGAUCUGCCCACCGCAGCCCAAGAAGUCCAGAGUGGAGCCUGAACGGAAAGUUCUGCUGUAUGUGAGGAAGGAGUGUGACGAGGUGUUUGAUGCCUUAAUGCUGCACGCCCCAACCCUCAGAGCGCUGAUGGAGGCGAUUUCUGAGAAAUACACAGUGCCCGUUGAGAAGAUCGCUAAAGUUUAUCAGAAAAGCAAAAAAGGGGUCCUGGUGAACAUGGACAACAACAUCAUCCAGCACUACUCCAACGAGGACACCUUCAUCCUGGCCUUGGAGAGCUCAGCCGACUCGUUUCACGUCACCCUGUCAGAAAUCUGACCUCCGUCAGCCUCAGCGCGGGAUUCAGUCGUUACAUUAUACGGACGGAGAAGAUGCCUGCCGAGUGAGGCAGUAGAACUGGGUAGACACUCGCAAGCAUCGCAGGUAACCGUUAAUAACGGCACCGAGCGGGGUUCCCUGAACGCCACGCGGCAGUCUUACCAAGGCAGCCUGGUUAAGAGGUUUUUUUUACACAAAGAGCCAAAAUGUGCGAUAUUAUGUGGAUGUUACCUGGUAGCAGUCGCUUGCUGAACAGUUUUUUUUUUUAUUUUAUUCCGUUGGAGCUGAUGACAUUCCAGAUCCACAUAAAGCAACAUGCUGGUUUGCUGAGGUUCCAGGAUGAACACAAUAAAGAUCUGCUGUUGGCGCCUCGUCUGCUUCCUGACUCGCCCAAAAUCAGUGCAGGUUGAUGUGAUCUGGCAUUAUUCAUGGUACAGGCAGAUUUUCUGUUUACUGCUGAACAUUAUUCCUCUAGAAAGUCGUUUCUAUGUUUUUCCUUGUUUUUUUUUUUAACUGACUUUUUUCAGAUUGUUGCAUUUUUUUGGUAUGUCAAAAGUUUGCAUGCGAGUUGUAAAUAGUUGUAAAUUUUAAAUGCCAUGGAAGCACUAAAGUGUUUUUUUCUGGGUUCUUUCCAACAUUAUUUAUGAUAUUUGCUCCAAACUGAAGAGGUUUAUACAACUUUGAGAUUUCACAUCAGAGCUUUACUUUCCUCUACUUUUAACUAUACUGUCAAUGAUAUUUUGUGUCAACUUAUGUGUCAUUCUGUCUUUAGCACCAUGAUGUACAGUCUUAUUCGUGAAUCAUUCAAUAUAGUUUUAUAUGCAGAA